AUGAGCUCCAAUUCCGCCACUGUUCAGACAUACCCCUUGGUCAAGCUUCCACACCCAUAUCUGACCUCAUAUCGGGUGCAGUCUGCCGGAUCGUCGCCAGCUAAGCACAGUUUGACGCUCGAUGAGCAACCCACCGUGGGACGAUCGCUGCCAGAACCAUUACACUCAGAUUCGCUCUCAUGGAACGACCUCACAUUCAUUCCCAAGGCUGAACAGCCGCCAAUUUCAGAUAACACACCUUGGGGUCGCGCGCGACGCAGCCCGCACACCGUUUUCCAAUGGACUGGAAGCGCGCCUUCUCUGGCGCAAAUUUGGAACAUUAUCCACGCUAUCUACCUCGCUCAUUCUACAAUUGAGUAUUUCAGACUUGACCUGGCCGGCAGAGGACAGGAGGUGAUUCGCAAUGAGCUUCUCUCUACCGGCAUGGCCAUCCAACACCCAAGGAAUCUUCGCGACAGAGAGAACAAAGCCCUCCAAUUCAACCAACUGCUGGUUCUCCGAAGCGCCUUCUGGCAAGGCGCUGCUUCACCAAUGGGACCUCGUCCCAUCUGGGUGGUAGGAGAUGGCACAGACGGACCUAUGCGGGGCUCGCUCGAUCAAUACCCGGUGAUGCCAGAGAACUACCAAGUCACAAACAAGUUCCCCGAGGAGCCAGUGUAUACUCGUCACCCGACACGUCGUCCCAAGCCUCACCCGGGCUCAAUUGCGUACAGUCGCUAUAUCCCAGAAAUCAACGAGCACUUCUCACUCGAGGUGGUGGAUUGGCAAAAUGCGGAGCAUGUGAAACUUUUUAACACAUGGCAAAACGACCCUCGCGUUGCAGCUGGCUGGAACGAGACUGGAACUAUUGAGCAACACACCGAGUAUCUACGCAAACUGCACUUUGAUCCUCACGUUCUCUGCUUGUUUGGCCGCUUCAACGAUUCCCGCUUCUCUUACUACGAAUUGUACUGGUCAAAAGAGGAUCACUACGGCGCCCACUACGAUGCCGGAGACUACGAUCGCGGCCGCCACUCCCUCGUGGGCGACGCGAGCUUCCGAGGUGCCCAUCGCGUGAAUGCCUGGUACUCUAGCUGCAUCCACUACUGUUUCCUAGACGACCCACGCACAGCCAAUGUGGUAGGCGAGCCCAAGGCCACCGGUGCCACCAUUUUGUCGUACGAAAAUUCUCAAGGUCUCACUAUCGGCAAGUACGUCGACCUCGGACAUAAAAGAUCGGUCCACUCGAUCUGUAGCCGAGAGAAGUGGUUCCAGUUAUGCCCGCUGUUCUGGGAUGGACGUGAGCGGCCUUUAGAAUCUGCUGAUCGUGCCGCGUGGAAUGCCAAGCUGUAA